AUGGCAUAUUACGAUGAUAAUUAUUCUGUGGGUGAAGAUGAUGAAAUACACUAUACGUCCGGUACUUCAGACGUUGAUGUGAAUUCUAGUGAUUAUAAUGAUGAUGAUGAUGAUUACGAUGAUAGUGAUGAAGAUGAUAUGAAAUCUGAAAGUGCUGUUAUUGCAACAGGAUCUGAUACAUCCAAUAAAUCAGAUGAUGAACAAGAUGAUAGUGAUGGUCAUACAACAGAUGCUUCAGAUAUUGAAUUGUGGUCAGGAACAUCAUGGAAACCUGAUUCAUUUGAUUAUAAUGGAACUUUACGUUUAUCAAACCAUAUUUCAUCAACUUUUCCAAAACAUCCAACAUCAAUUGAUAUAUUUCGUUUAUUUCUUACACCAGAAAUAGCAACUUAUAUUGUUGAUCAGUCGAAUUUAUACAGAACUCAAAAUAAUUUAACACAACAAAGUCCAAUGACUGAAGAUGAUUUUUAUUCUUUACUCGGUUUUUUAUAUUAUUCUUCAACUGUGCCUUUACCAAGUAAAUCAGAUUAUUGGACUAGUUAUUGUCGUCAACCAAUUGUUGCCGAUUCAAUUACGAGAAAUCGUAUUGAUUAUUUGUUAUCGAUAUUACAUUUAAAUGAUAAUACAACUGAAUUAGAUAAAGGUGAAAAGAUCGAACCAUUAAUUAAUUUAUUCAAUGAACGUUGUCGUAUUGUUGCUGAACCGGAAGCUUAUAUUUCAAUCGAUGAACAAAUGAUCGGAUACAAGGGCAAAACAGCACCUAAAUCUUUCAGACAAUAUAUGCCCAACAAACCAACUAAACGAGGUUUUAAAGUAUGGGCAAAAUGUGGUGUUUCAGGAUUUGUCUAUGAAAUGAAGCUUUACCGUGGUUCAAAAGAAAUUAUUUUAAAUAAAAAUCCAACUACAUCUUUAAACCGAACAUUACGUUCAACAACAACUACGAAUAAUAAUGACGAAAUUGAACAACGACAAACAAAUGUUAAAGAAUAUGGCUUAUCUGGUGUUGUUGUAUUAGAUUUUUUAAAACAUAUACCAAUUGGUUCACGUAUAUUUGUUGACAAUUAUUUUUCAUCAUUUCGACUUAUCCAAAAAAUGACUGAUCUUGGUUAUGGUUUUACGUGCACAUUACGCUCGAAUCGUAUUAGUCAAUGCCCUGUACCAUCAGACAAAUUAAUGAAGAAAAAACCACGUGGUUAUUAUGAAUCAUAUUUAUCUGAUGAUGAACGAUGCAUUAUCGUAGCUUGGAAAGACAACAAGCGGGUGUUAUUAGGUUCUAACUGUGUGGGUGAAGAACCACUGUUUAUGAUAAAGCGAUGGAAUAAAAAUGAAGGAAAUCAUGUACAAGUUAAGGCACCACAAAUCGUCACAUAUUACAAUAAAUAUAUGGGUGGAGUAGACACCCUGGAUAUGAUGAUCUCAUUACAUCCUAUACCUUUUCGCUCCAAGAAAUGGUAUACCAGAAUUAUCUGGCGCAUUUUUGAUUUGAUUAUUAUAAAUUCUUGGAUAUUAUUAAAUCAAAUUCGUGGUACUCGUAAAGAAAUCAAUGGUCCUGGUAAUUGGAGAAAAUUCCGUUUAUUUCAUUUUAAAACUGAAGUUGCAAAAUUUCUUUUGCAAAAACCACAACUGCUGCAAAUACAAUUUGCUACAUUAUCAUCAUCAACAGUUAAAAAGCAAAGCUUGCCUAUUCUAUCAUCGAAUGAUGAUUAUAAUGACGAAAAUAAUCCACCUAAAAAACUAAAACGUGAAUAUAAAUCAGCUGUUGAAAAAACAUUACGUUUUGAUGGAAACAAUCAUUUCCCAAAAUUUAUUGAAGCUAAAAAUGCAAGUAGAUGCAAGAACGAAAAAUGCAAACAAAAGACGUACUGGUAUUGCCCAAAAUGUGAUGUACAUUUAUGUUUAACAUCUCAACGUAAUUGUUUUAAUGAAUAUCAUGUCAAUAGUUGA